AUGGAAAGUUUGAGUAAUGACUCAGAUGGAUCAGGGAAGCCCGCCAGUUCCCUCGUGAAUGUCUUCAGCGGUAUCUUCAACCGAAAUAGAAGUGCCUCUUCAGACGGCGAGUCGGCCGUGUUGACGUCUUUCAAGGAGCUGUCAGAUGAGGAGAAUCCUCUUCCUGAAAGCGAUCAAACUACUAACAGUGAGAACAAUCUCCAAGGGAGGAAAGAUAUGCAUCAGGAUAAUGGGACUGCUUCCAGUGAUACAGGGCAGAGUGCUGAAUCAUUGGAAACGGGCAAGGAGUCUGGUGACAAAGUUAAAACAGCAGUUGGAGCCUUGGCUGAUCUAGAUCUGGUCCAGGUUACUCAGGUGGAAACGUAUAGUGACGAGGAGGACGAGGAGGCGGCCCACGGCAGCGCUAGUCCACCGAAGCCCACUCUACCUGAGGAGGAUACAAAUACAGUGGAGCAUGGAGAUGAGACAAAAGAUGCCACCGAGGCUGAGUACCAAGUGCCUGUGUUUAGAACACACAAACUUACUGAGAGAUCCCGCAUAGAAGCUAUUCUAUAUUCAGACAGGUUUGUCAACAGAUCCAGCUCAAGGACACUUCUGGCCUCUUUUUUUUCCAAAAAGGCAGAUGACCGCAGUCCCAAGGAGAGCACCACCACAGUGUCUUUGGAUGUAGAAGCAUCUGGUGCUGGAGAGAAUGGUAAAGACAAUGUAGGAACAGAUGAAGGCCAAGAGUUUGAGGGCAUAGAUUGUUCUCUGCCUGUUCCGUCCGUCAUCUCCAGACCUCUGGCUUUAGAGGCCUCAGGUCAUAAUGCUGCCACAGCCUCCCCUUUAAGGGAGGAUUUAGAUAAUACACAGAGGGAGGAGACACAUGAGCAAAGGGUUGAACCUGAGGAGGGGGCCAAGGAACCUCUCUCCAGCCAGGUGUCCUCCUCUCGUACAACUGCUCCAAAGACACCAGAAAAAGACACACCACCUCCAGCUUCAUCCACUGCACCCUCCUCCACCUCAUCCCCAUCCAGGGCUACGGCGCUCUCUUCCUCCCCUUACUUCCAGAUGCCGGCUCUCUUCAGUGGGUUGCGGGUUCUGAAGAAGGGAGUGUUGGGGGAAGACAGGGAGACUGUGUCAGAGAUCAAGCAGAGGGAGAAGGAUGCUGACCUUGCCCUGCUCAGCCUGAAGAAGACGGUAAACAAAGCCAAGCUCAUCCCCGAGCAGAAGAAGGCCACCUCUCCAGCCAAAAAACAGGCAGAGCCUAAACCUGUUGCGGAAACUAAAAGCACCGUGAUGGGACAUCUCAGUCAGCUGCUCAACCUAGACAACCACGAUGAGACCAAAAAGUCAGACGUCGGGAAGGAUGGUGGUCCUGAGCACAGGAAAGAAAAAGAGUCCGAGACUGGAGAAGAGGUUCCUACAGGACCAGACGCCCCCACAUCCCAAGGGGAGAGAAAGAAGACCUCAGACCUGGCCUAUGAAACCUUCAGGAACAUCUUCGGCCCCAAAACUGUCAAAAAGGAAAAAACGGAAGAAGUGGAUCUGGAGGCAAUAAAAAAGAAAAUAAAGAAUGACAAGGAAAACCUGAGGUCCAUUUUUGAGAGAGCCUCCAAAUCCCCCGGAAAGGAACUCAACAGUGAAGCUAAUACGGAGCUCACGUCUCCUACUGACAGCGAGGACCGGACCCCGAGGCGUCUUCAGGCUGUGUGGCCCCCACCCAAACCUAAAGAUGAGGAAGAGAAGGUGGGGCUCAAAUACACCGAGGCAGAGCACCAGGCUGCCCUCUUGCAGCUGAAGAGGGAGUGCAAGGAAGAUCUGGAUAGGAUGCAUUCUGACUAUGAGCUCGAAAUCUUCCAACUGCGAGGUGAGCAUGCUGUCUCGAUAUCACACCUGGAAGGAGUCAUUGCUAAGAUGCAAAAAGACAAGGGGUAUAAUACAGGCCAGGAGCGGGGCGAGCUCCGUGACGUCGCGGUGUCCACAGCAGACGAUGACCUGACACCCAAGACCUUCCGCACCGUGAGUAUCCAGACGGACAGGGAGACCUUCAUAAAGAGCCCUGAGGGGGGCGGGCCCGCUCAAAGCCCCAACCAGAACGUGCCGAAAAAACUCAACUUGGACUCCAUCGGACUAAAUCUAAAAGGUGAAACAGCCCCAGGCCCUCCUGGACCACCCCCACCCCCGCCACCUCCUCCCCCUCUCCCACCAGGCUUCUCAGGACCACCACCUCCUCCAGGACCACCACCUCCUCCCCCUCUCCCACCGAGCUUCUCAGGACCACCACCUCCUCCUCCUCUUCCCCCUUUGCCAGGCAGCACUGGAGCACCGCCGCCACCACCUCCACUCCCCGGAGGUGGUCCGCCACCCCCACCGCCUCCCCCUCCCCUUCCUGGCCUACCUGGUGCUGGUCCACCUCCUCCUCCCCCUCCUCCCGGCGGAGGCAUGCCACCUCCUCCGCCUAUGGGUGGCUUCGGUUUCUUCCAUAAGGUGGAGAAGGCCCCACGGAAGGUUGCCAUUGAGCCAGCGUGUCCAAUGAAGCCUCUGUACUGGACCAGGAUUCAGAUAGAGGACAACAACAACAACACACUCUGGGGUUCUCUGGAGGAACCAAACAUUGUUGACGCCAAUGAGUUUGAGAAUCUUUUUGCCAAGGCCACGCUGCAGGCGAAGAAGAAGCCUCUGUCCGACACCUAUGAGAAGAAAGCCAAAACUAAGAAGAUUAUCAAGCUGCUGGAUUCAAAGCGUUCACAAGCAGUCGGCAUCCUCAUAUCGAGCCUGCAUCUGGAGAUGAAGGACAUUCAGCAAGCUGUUCUCACUGUGGACAACUCUGUGGUGGACUUGGAGACCAUUGAGGCUUUAUAUGAAAAUAGGGCCACGAGUGACGAGCUGGCCAGGAUAGCAAAACAUUACGAGAAUUCUAAAGAGGAAGAAGUCAAACUGCUGGACAAACCUGAGCAGUUUCUCUAUGAGCUCUCCCAGAUUCCCGACUUCGCGGGCCGAUCCCACUGCAUCAUCUUCCAGUCAGUAUUCCUUGAUACCAUCUCCUCCGUUCGUCGGAAGGUAGAGAUCAUCUCGAAUGUCAGCAAAGAGCUGUUGGAGUGUAAUAGCUUGCGGGAUGUAAUGGGUCUUGUUCUGGCCUUUGGGAACUAUAUGAACGGUGGGAACAGGACAAGAGGUCAGGCUGAUGGCUUCGCACUGGAGAUCCUCCCCAAACUAAAGGACGUCAAGAGCAGGGACAAUCGUAUGAACCUGGUGGAUUAUGUGGUUUUAUACUAUCUGCGUAAUUUUGACAAGCAUGCCGGCACAGAAAAGAGUGAGUUCCCCAUGCCGGAGCCUCAGGAGUUCUUCCAGGCUGGUCAGGUUAAGUUUGAAGACCUCAGUAAGGACAUCAGGAAGCUGAAGAAGGAUCUGACUGCUUGUGAGAAGACCGUUCAGAAGGUGUGUGCCAACCCGUCAGAGGAAUACCUCCAGCCCUUCAAGGAGAAGAUGGAAGGAUUUAUCUCUGCCGCUCAAAAGGAGCAUUCAGCUGAAGAGGAUCAACUCAAUGCAGCACAGAGAAGUUUCCAGGACAUGGUGAACUACUUUGGGCUCAAGCCAAAGUCCGGGGAGAAAGAAGUGUCCCCGGGUCUCGUUUUUAUGCUUUGGUACGAGUUUUGCAACGACUUCAAGAACGCCUGGACACGACAAAACAAGAACAUCUCCAAGGAGAGGUUGAAGGAAGCUCAAGAAAACAUCAAGAAGAUCACAGCGGAGAAGAGAGUCGAAACCAAGAAGAUCAAUGCCAACAGUCUGAAAGAGAGGCUGCGGCAGAAGGAAGCCGGCGUGUCUUCCAGCUGAGUGAAAUGAGGAGUCUGAAGUGUGCAGGAACUCAUCUCUCCUGCGUUGACCACCUGCCUCAAUGACAGGACUCACAAUAAAACCUCAAAGGACUCUUAACUACUCCCCACUGCUAAUCUCUGCCCUACUAACACCCUCCCAUCCAGAUAGAAGCUCGGCCUGCAGCGAGGAUGCAUGGCUGACACAGCCGAAGUGAUGAGAGUCUUAAAGGCCAAAGGUUGAUCUCAUUCAUCCGGCAGGGCGCAACCUCUGAGUGCUCCAGCUUGUUAAAGGUCUCAAGGGGUCAGUGGGAUUCACAACAUCUGACACAUCCAAGAGGGUCCUUCUGGAUCUACAAGAGCUUACAAACAAUUCCUCUCUGAGCUGUAGAUGUUAGACACAGACAGAGUGGUAAUGCUCCUACAUAUUCAAAGUGUUAAGACGUUACUGCUGUUAUGUGAACAGAUACGGCUGCCUGAAGAGGGGAAUUCCCUUUUUGACAAUACAAAUCUAUAUCUGGAAGCGGUAAAAUAAAAAAAAGCAGUUGUUAGUCCACUUUGUUGUAGCCAAUAGCUUUUCAUUCACCACGGUUCAGUGAAAGUCUUGUAAAUAUGUCAUGCUGUAGGAUCGGCAGGUACCGAGCAGCGCUGAGAAGUGUGAUAAAUGAUCUGCGCCGGGCUUCACGUGCAGCUUGAGACAUGUGUGUGUGUGUGUGUGUGGAAUGCGUGUGCGUGGAGGUUUCACUGUAUUGUGUAGCACUGCACCAGGCUGACCUCUCCUGGGUGACGGCCAGAGAAGAGCAGAACCUGGCAGCGAGCCUCGGACCCCCCCCUCACACACACACACACACACACAACUUAAAAUCAUCAGAAGAACACAACAUAUUUUGGCCGUGCUAGCAAUCCCACCUGAAAUAUUAAAUACAGGUUAUGUCAAAUUGUUAACCCCUCAUCAGAUUGCGUGCACCUUUAAGCACUUUAGUGCCUGCAGUAGCUGUAUGUCGUAGCCGCUAUAAGCCACACACCCCUGUUAUGCUAACUGCGUGCAUUUUCUUUUCAGAUGUCUUGCACCGUUUUGCACCUCUUUUCCUAUGCAAGAGAAUGGUUCUUAGAAGAUUGUAUUGCUUCAUGAUGAAAUCCUAUUAGAUUUUUCUUUUUUUUUUUUUAAGAAAGUCUAUUAAAGUGUAUAUUUUAUUUUUGCAAAUGUAAGCUGUAACCACGCUCCUGUAUCAUUCAAGAAAAGUCUAUUUAUGUAAAGAAAGACUUAUUUUCUGCCAAAAAGCAUCAGCUUUGUUCCCUUUUGAGGGUGUAUCUGGACGAGUAGUAAUUGACUGAGAAGCUACCUGAUAGGUCAGUCAGAUAAAAUAUAUAUUUUCACAUAUGACGUGAUAUGUUGUGUCCGCUGAUUUACAGUGUAGCUUGUGAUAAGGGGAAUUUGAGUAAUGUGCUUUGAAUGAAGACUGUACUGUUAAGUUCUGGGAUGAGGGUUGUAUUUUGGGUUUUGAGAACAUUUAAACAAAUCGCCUGAAGCCAUGCGAGUUAUUAUACCUCAGACAGACUUCCAUUAUCAGAGGAUACAUAGAACUGCACCUUGAAUUACUUUUUUACCCUCCCAAGUCUUUUACAUGGGCCGUUUAUUUUGUAAAACAAGAAUCUAGAGAUUUCAUAAACUGUGUUUUACUUCAGAGGGUUUGAAAAGCAAAAGAAGAGCAGAUGCUGACCAGAGAACUGCUGUAGCCUCUUCUGUAUGUAUGUUGGGUUGUGUAACCUUCAGGAGCUCUCAUAUAGGUGCUCUGUGAUUUUAUGGAAUUGUUUUAAAUUUCACGAAUAAACUACUGGAUGCCGAACAAAUAGAGCCAAUAUCUCUAAACUUUCUUCUGUCAACACUUCCAUUAGGCCGGAAUUCAGAAGCCUGGCAGUGCACCAAGCAAAUGUUAUAUUUACGUAAGAAAGUUCCUGGAAGACUUUAAAAUAUUGUGAUAAGCAGUGUUAUGGAAUUGUCUGUCACUGGAACUUUGUUUUAAGAAUGAGAUGGACAUUUUAGUGUGUUUGCCUAUUUGCUGUAGCAAUAAAAUACCA